CGGCCCCGCUCUCACCGCCGCCCCCCGCACCUGCGGCAGGUGCCGCGGCUCAGCAUGGCCCGGCGGGGAGCGGAGCCGAGGGCGCUGCCCGAGAGAGCGACGGAGCUGCGGAACAAACUCGUGGACCGAUGCGAGCGGCUGCAGCUGCAGAGCGCUGCUAUCGCCAGGCACGUGGCCGAGGUGCUGCCCUCCAGGAGCCAGGCCGUGCUGGGCGCUGCCAACAGCGCACGAGAGCUGGUCAUCCAGAGGCUGAUGUUGGUGGGGAAGGUGUGUGAGAACGAGGAGCAGCGGCUGCUGGAGGAGGUGCACGCCGAGGAGGAGCGGGCGCAGCAGAGCAUCCUGACACAGCGGGAGCAUUGGACGGAGGCGCUGCAGAAGCUGUCAGCCCUCCGCACGUACCUGGUGGACGUGAUCACCAACCUGGACGACCAGGGCUUGGUGAAUGCAGAACAAGACAUCUUCGAGAGGACAGAGGUGGCGGAGGGAAUCUUAGAGCCUCAGGAGUCUGCCAAGUUAAACUUUAAUCAGCAGCGUGUUCAGAGUCCGCUGCUGCACCGGCUGUGGGCCUCUGCGGUUCUGUGCUGCGUGGCAGGCUCUGAGGAAAUCAGCAUAGAUGAGAAAACUGUCAGCCCCCACCUGAGCCUGUCCGAAGACAAGAAAACUCUGACCUUCAGCGCCAGGAAAGCAAAGCUGGACUCGGAUGGUCCCGAGCGGUUCGACCACUGGCCCAACGCUUUGGCUGCUGCGUCUUUCCGCACAGGGCUGCACGCAUGGAAGGUCAGCGUGGAGAAGAGCUGUGCCUACAAGCUGGGGGUGUGCUACGGCUCACUGCCACGGAAGGGGCCCGGCAAUGAAGCCCGUCUGGGUUUCAACGCUGCCUCCUGGGUCUUCUCACGCUAUGACAAGGAGUUCAGGUUCUUGCACGCCGGUCAGCCCCAGCCUGUGGAUCUGCUCAGGGCUCCGGCUGAGGUCGGCGUGUUGGUUGACCUCGAUGGAGGGGAGGUGCUUUUCUACGACCCCGACUCCUGCACCAUCCUCUUCUCACACAGGGAGGCCUUUGUGGCACCGCUUUACCCUGUCUUUGCAGUGGCACAUCAGAGCAUCUCGCUCAGCCAGUGAGAGGUGGGCUGCAAACACACCUGUAUGGACAGUGACCGUAUACACCACACUGUGCCUUCGUGGGGUGACACGUGCCCAGACUGGGCUACCAGCAUGUACAGUGAUCAGAAAAGACCUGCCUUCAGCCUGUACAUCUGUUCUCUUGUUUUACAAUGGCUUUCAUCUCCUUUGGGUGACCGAGCACAUGAUGUUUGCCCUCCAGGACCCAGACCUUUGGGAAAGACCCAAGUCAGUCCCCAAACACCUCCUACAGGAGCACGGUGCCUUAUGAAGACUCCUGGGAGCCCUCCCUCAGCUCCCAUGCUGUUGUCAGGGCUGGGAGCAGAGCCCCCACUGAGCCCAGGUCAGCAAGGGAGGACCUCGGCCCUCCAACCCAGUUUGCUCAGCACAGAGCUGGAAGUGCAAGGUGGGGAGAGCAACACUGUGAAAGCUGGGGCAUGGGAUCAGUGUUUAACGCCUGGCUCUGCCAGCGAAUCAUUUGAUUCCUCUUCAGAACAAGGGCUUCUUUCCAGCUCCAAUGGGGAGGAGUGUGGGCAACAGAACACUCCACGCUGCAGGAAUGAAAAUGAUUUCAACCUUGAGUGAAGGUUAAGAGCUGUUUGGAGAAAUGAAAGAGAAGUGGCAGAAGGUGUGGAAGGUUGUAGGAGACACUUGGAAAGAGGAGACCCAGCAGGAGGAGGGACACCAUGAAUUGGGGCUGUCACCCAUGGGUGACCCACACAGGGCAGGAGCACCCGCAUGGACAUCAGCAUCUCCCAGAGCAGAGGAGCAGCGAGACAGGAGCCAUUAGCAUUGAUGUGAAUGGAGCUGCUUGUUCCUAGGGCUGGGUGAGGCUGAGCAUAUUACAGUGAAAACAGGCAGCUGAUGGAUAGUAAAACUGUCGGACUGACACUGAGCUUGGGUAGAGGAAAGAAACGCAUUUCCUUGGUGUUUAAGAAUUGUUCUCUUUAUUUCUCAGUAUCCAAAUCAGUGAUUAAAUCUGCUGGCAGUAAAUUA